CCAUCCCUCUCCCCCUUCCUCAGCCUCCCGCGAUCUCCGCACAUCUCCGCACGUCCCAUGGUGCCAUGGACGGCCUCUUCACGGACCCCAACUGCAGCCUCUCGCCGCCCUGGGCGGCCUGGCUGGCGCACCUCGCCGGCGCUAGCCUCCGCCUGGACGGCCUGGCGGCGGAGCCCGGGCUGCCGGAGGCGCAGGCGGCGCAGCGGGCGGAGGACGCUGCCGCAGAGCUGCAGCUGGGACCGGACAACGGCUGCUUCCUGGGCAGCGCCACCCUGCUGCUCACGCAGGUGGUGGGGUCCUGGCGCCGGGGCCGCUUCGUGGCGGCGCUCCACACCUUCGCACUUCUGCACGACCACUUCCUGACCGCCGCCCAUCCGGGCUUCUUCCUGCACAGCGCCUGGCCGCUGGGGGACCAGGACGUGAGGUACUGGAAGGACCGCCUGCUCUUCCAGGUCCGCCGCUUCCGCGAGCUGGCGGGCCGCAACGCCCACAUGGGCCCCGAAGCCUUCGGCGAAACUGCAGUGCCCGACCCUGUGGAACGGGAGAAUUUGGGCGUCUUCGCCUCCCAUGCCUUUGGUCAGCUGCGCCAGCUGUCGCGGCGGAACCGCAGCGAGGCCUUGGUCCCCUGGGAGCUGCCGCCGCUGGCAGCGCUGGCGCCGGGGAGAAGUUUGGCGCCGUCGCCGGGGGCGAACCUGCGGGUUUACGUCUACGGGGAGGAGGUGGAGGUCUUGGGGAAGCUCACGCGGUCGCCCGCCUUCUGCCACUACCGGCAGUGGGGCAUGGACGUGGGCUUCCACGACUUCUUCCGGAGCUCGCCGCUGCGGACCUUUCGCCCGGAGGAGGCGGACUACUUCCUGGUGCCCAGCUAUGCCUGCUGCCACCAGGUGGCCGGAAUGGCGGAGUUUGAUGAGCUGGAUGCGGAUUUCACCCAGGCGGUCAAAGAGCUGCCGUACUUCCAGAGGAGUGGGGGCCGGGACCACAUUUUCUCCCUUCAUUACAUCGACCUCUUCCCUUCCUGGCGGAAGCGGAUUCCGCGGAGCGUGUUCCUGACCCCCGAGACGGAGGUGGGGUUCGAGCGGUCGCUGGAGGAGUUCGGGUUGGACCAAAAUCGGUUUCCACCGUUCAACCCGCUGAAGGACGUGGUGGUCCCGCCGUAUCUGAAUCUGCGGGACGUGCUGGGCUUCCAGCGCCACGCCAAGGCUGUGGCCGCCCGCGGUUUGGUGGCCUCCUUCGCGGGGAAGCUGUGGUCGGACGUGGCGGAGGCGGCGGAGGUGCGGGGCAAGGUGGCGGCGCUCGCCUCGGCGCCAGGCUUCGGGAUCCACAGCUUCGCGUCCAUCAAGGACAUGCUGAACUCUGAGCAGAUGCAGAGGCUCAUGGGGGACAGCCGGUUCUGCCUGGUGCCGCGGGGCCGGGCCGCGUGGUCGGUGCGGUUCUUCGAGGCGUUGUGGGCCGGGUGCGUGCCGGUGCUGCUCUCGGAUCACUACCAGCCCGCCUUCGACCAACUCUUUGAUACCACGCAGUUUGUGAUCAAGUGGCCGGUGGCUCGCAUCGACGAGUCGCUGGUGUCCUACCUGCACAAUUUGCCGCUGGAGGUGGUCGAGCGCUACGCCCGCAACGCGCGGGCGGUGCGCUGUUGGUACCUGUACCCUCCGCCGGAGGUGUCGUGGAUCGGUGACUGGAACACCCGGCAGGAGCUGGACGAGGUGGAGCAGCAGAUCUGCCCCAACCUCUCCUCCUCCCGCAACGCCUUCCAGGCCGUGGUGGAGAUCUUGGCGCGGCGCAAGGCCGCCAGCCAUGUGAGGCCUGAUGCCUUCUACAUGGCGCACCCGGAGCACUUUGCACCCACCGUGGUGGACGCGCAAAUGCGGCCAAUAUGA